UUUUCUCCCCAUAGGUCCACCGCUGCCUCGUAAAGAAAAAGGGUGCCACACUUGUCAUAAAUUUUGGGAUUUUGGCCAACCACUGAGCUGUCAUAAGACCCCGGUUUGACCCUAGUUCAACGAGUUACCAAAAUAACGUUCAUUUCUUCAAGUGGGCCUGUACAAUACGGAGCCUUGAAACCUUUGCUGCGGUACAGUCUGCCCGCAGGGGACAACGUAGCAGUCGAAGCUCUUCCACGAACUGCUGUAAAGGGGGAUUUCAAGAUCGACCUUUUCAUUUGAACCGAUGACCCUCCAUCACCGUUCUCUUCAAGGCAGUCGGCUUAUUAGCUUGAACGCCUCGCCCGUUGUCAACCACUUGAUCAGGAAAUCUUCAAGUAGUAAUUCACUGAGUUAUUACCACCAGUGUCCUCACCUAUGUGUGUCCUGCGUGUUCCGUUCCCCUGGAGAUUGCCUCGCAAUUGCCUCGGCUGAAAGAAAUGCUCCAAGGCAGAGAGUGCGAGAUCUUAUUGAGGAAAAGGGUAAACCACUUUCAGCAGAGGAGCGCGUGUUGGCGUGGUAAACAAAUUACUAGGAAUUAAUUGAACUUCAGUGUCUGAAUUAAAAGUGCACUUAAUUUGAUUGUCAGUUCUGCAUGAGCUGUAAACUCUGCAAUUAACUGCAUAUUGCCUCGCUGAAUGAACAUUGAAAUGGAAGAAUGGAAAGUGCCCAUCUUGUGAUUGCGUUAUCGAGUGAUCCUGAUCUCUUGCGGUGAGCAACACACCGAGUCUUCUGUGAACUAGCCCGAUCGCAGCGAAACGGUACAAGCUCCAAUCAUGUUAAGUGAAAGUUCGUACAAAAUGGGGGGUCCGAAUCUGUGUAAUGUCUCUUAUGAGUUCCUCAUCAAUGACGCAACAUUGGAGGAAAACCACUACAACACGGCGUCAAGUUUCGUGUACGAUGUCACUUACGACUGCUACACCCAGAGCGGCAUCUGCGCCUAUUACCUGUAUGAGAUGACGGGGGAGACCCUCAUUGAUCAUCUCAAGUAUAUCAUGAUACCACAGCACUACGAGUACGCAAAGGUUAUCCCCUUCAUAACGGUGGUAGGCUUGCUGUGUCUCGUCGGUAUCAUUGGCAAUCUACUGACUAUAGUUGUGAUACUGAGGAACCGAAUACUGCAGACGACAUCCAACUACUUAGUCAGUAUGGCCUUCUCAGACCUCUUGAUACUUUUACUCACCGGACCCAUGGAGGUGGCUUACGAACUCAAAGCCUGGCCCUGGACGUACACUCGUUUCAUGUGCCGGUUGCGGUACUUUCUGAUCGAGGCCUGUACUUUCACUUCAGUUUUGAACAUAACUUCUUUCACCACAGAGCGGUACAUCGCCAUCUGCCAUCCCAUCAAAGCAAAGUCUUACGUCUCGCAUUCGCGCGCCAUCAAAAUCAUCGUCGUUAUUUGGAUUGUCUCGCUUGGUGUCAGCAUACCGCUGUUUCUGGGUUAUGACACUUAUGAAAUUUGUCCCGGAAUCCCUGAGUCAACCGUGUGCAGUAUUCCUACAAAUGAGUGGAACAACAUCAUAGACCGUCUCUAUGUCGUCUCCGCUACGCUGCUCUUUCUUAUUCCCAUGAUCCUGAUCACGAUCUUUUACUCCUUGAUUGCGAGAGUGCUGUACGGGGUGAACGUGGAGGUUGCGGUGAGACGCAACUCAAGACGAGCGAGGAACAGAAAUGGAAUCAACCACAAUGAGAAGAAGAAAGAGAACUCUAUUGAGCGAUCUCGAAAACAGAUUGUUAAAAUGCUUGCUCUGGUGGCUGGUUGCUUCGCUUCGUGUUGGCUGCCGUUCCACAUCAUCAGAAUCCUUCCAAACUUCAUUCCGUAUGAGAACCUACCGAUCAUUUACUUCGAUGUGUUCUACAAGAUCUCCAUCGUUCUGAUGUACACCAGCGCGACCAUCAACCCCAUCCUCUAUAAUAUCAUGUCAGCCAGGUUCCGUCAAGCCUUCAAGAAGACUAUCCUCUGUCAAGAAUCUUGUGUCUCACCCACACGUAGUCGGCACCAUGAAACCUUCCAAACGACUGCUGAUCCUCAUUGCCUGAAAUGCCGAGGGACCUCGACAUUGUGUUGAUCGAACGCGUCAUCUGCACUCGCUGGUUCUUGGGCGACAAACAUGAACGGCGCUCACUGCAACCAAGCACGGCAGGAAUGACAUAUGUAUAAUGAGCACAUCUUCGUCCGUUAUUUCUCUUGAUUUUAUGGAUUUUCCAGUUAUAACAAGGAGUUUAGAAAACAAAGGUCAAUUGUUGAUCCUACAAAAUCACGAAAACGCAGUUUCAAGUGACUGAUACGAUUUUGGGGAUCAUUUGACGACAGUUAGCUAUACGUUGAUAGGAAAAUACAUUUUUCUUAUAAUUUUGUGUGUAGUUUAAUUUGAUUUGCAGAUGUUUAUUAUCUAAUUCACCUGUAUCAAAGAGAAAUGGUAUAAACUAUUUGAUAUGAUAUAUAGUAUUGUAUCACAUUGCAGAGUUUUUAGAAGUAUAGCUCUGAAUAUUUGGAAUGCAAUAUAUGCUGCAAUGUUUAUUACAUUACAUUUCCUUACCAAGGGUAUGCCCAAGCGAUUAAAACUGGUUUCCAUGGGGACCCUGCAUACAUUACACAUGACUACAUACACGUACAAUAACAAAUACAAAAUAAAAAAACAUGUAAUUAAUGCAUAAUAGUAAAACUACCACAGAUAUUACUUAUUAAACAACAUCGCUGAACAGGCAUGAUAUUGUAGUUGACCUUUUGGUAACCCGUGGGAUUACCAUUGUUUUAUCACCUCUGCCAAAAUCAACAUACUUUACCUGUUGGCUGAUAUGAAAGCAUCUCGACACCUUUGGUAGACUUUCCUCGAUGCAUGUGGCCUAUAAUUACUAUUGUAAAACUACUACAGAUAUUAUUUGAUUGCUUAACAACAUCGCUAAACAGGAUAUUGUAGUUGACCUUUUGGUAACCUGUAGGAUUACAAGACGUUUAAUCAUGCGCCUCUGCCAAAAUCAACAUACUUUAUUUGUUGGCUGGUAUGCAAGCACCUUGACACCAUUGGUAAAGUUUCCUCAAUGCAGCUGGCCUACUGGCUUAAGAGCUGGAAUGAUUGCAUGGUGUGCGGAUUAUGAAGGAAUGUUACGGAGCAGUUUGAAUGUGAUGAUCGAGCUGAAACUGCUUGUAUUACUUUGUGC